AUAACGAAUGUGUAUUACCAUAUAGGGCAGGCUAAGUGGCUGAAUGCGGGAGGCGAUUGAAUAACGACCCAUGAAUGGUCAGCACCAGCAUAAUUUUACCAGCUUGCAUUGAUUCUCCCAUCAUCUCACAAAGCCGCUAAUCCAUCACGAAACCAUCAAACCCAUCAAACUUCUUCAUUAAAUCACGACUUAAUAUCUAAUAUAUUCGCAAGGAGUAAAAACAACAAAUUUCGAGCGACAUGGUGACGCGCGAGGAUGCCGGGACACCGGAUCCAGUCGAGAAAGGGUUCGCCACCCUCAAUACUCUCAGGAUCGGUGUGAAGGCUAUGGUUGAAAAGGAUGGACAAGACAGGAAAGCGGAAAUUCUUUCGAUGAGACAGAGGAAGGAUGCUCUGUAUUUCUACGUACAUUAUGUCGACUUCAACAAGCGACUUGAUGAGUGGGUUGCGUCAAGUCGGAUUGACCUAAGUCAAGAAGUCGAAUGGCCUGCUCCAGAUAAGCCAGAAAAGAAAAAGACUACCAGUGCAGCGGCCCAGAAAGCUCCAAGCAAAAAUGUCAGCCAGAAACGUGCCACGACGGAUAGUCGCGAUGUAUCUGCGACACCAGACUUGCUCACUGGUAAGAACACCAACGUUAGCAAGGCUCCGCGUCCAUCCAAAGCUGGUGGGAAAGAGAAUCGCGAAGAAACCUCUCUCAGCGUAUCAAUCACCGGCUCAGAGCCCGUGUCGACAGACGGCACGCCAAAGGGGGACGUUGACGAUGUUGACAUGGCCGAUGCCAGCUUUGCUGACGGGAAAGGCGAAUCCGAAGAAAAAAUGCUUGGUGACAUGACUCGCGAAGAAGAGAUUGAGAAGCUCCGCACAAGUGGAAGUAUGACCCAAAAUCCAACGGAGAUCCAUCGCGUUCGCAACUUGACGCGGCUUCAAAUGGGGAAGCAUGAAAUGGAGCCAUGGUACUUUUCUCCAUACCCGGAAUCAUUUCAGGAUGUCGACCUCGUCUACAUAGAUGAGUUUUGCUUGAGCUACUUCGACAAUAACCGGGCAUUCGAACGACAUCGAUCAAAAUGCACACUCGUCCACCCACCAGGCAACGAGAUUUACCGUGACGACCACAUAUCAUUUUUCGAAGUAGACGGGCGACGACAGCGUACAUGGUGUCGAAACCUCUGCUUACUGAGCAAAUUGUUUCUCGACCACAAGACUUUAUACUACGACGUCGACCCCUUCCUAUUUUACUGCAUGUGCACCCGAGAUGAAACAGGCUGCCAUCUCACCGGGUAUUUUUCCAAGGAAAAGGAUUCUGCAGAAGGGUAUAACUUAGCCUGUAUUUUGACUCUACCACAAUACCAGCGCCGAGGCUUUGGUCGUCUUCUGAUCCAAUUCAGCUACGAACUCAGCAAACGUGAGGGCAAACUUGGAUCCCCGGAAAAGCCUCUCAGCGAUCUUGGUCUCCUGAGUUACCGUCAGUAUUGGCGGGAGAUUCUUGUGGAGCUAUUACUCGAACCUGGUCGUGAAUCGAUCAGCGAAUUCGAGUUGGCGACUUUGACAGCUAUGACGGAGAAGGACGUGCAUGAGACUCUGCUUGUUCUCAACAUGUUACGGUAUCACAAAGGAAAUUGGAUUAUCGUUCUUCCUGACGCAGUGAUUGAGCAACAUAAUAAACGAUUAGAAAAGGAACGGCUCAAGGGCGUGAAGAAAAUUGAUCCCGCUCGACUUCAGUGGAAGCCUCCCGUGUUUACCGCUUCCAGCAGGACCUGGAAUUGGUAAUCGCCUUGCACCGAAUUCAAUUGUGAUUAUUGCGUUGGGUUGUGCAUAUCGGUGAGCUUGGUGAUCUGUGGGUGUUUCUACAUGUAUUGGGUGGUGGGGUCUUUUGUGAGGGGAGUUUAUACAUAUUCUUACAUAGCCUAUUGUAAUUUGAUUCAAGAAAGCAAUUCAGUAGAUAUUAAGCAAUG